UUCAUCAGUUACCUUCACUCAUACGUCACUUCAUCACAAAUCAUGUUACUACUUAUUGUUCAGAUUAUUCUCUUCUGUAAUGCAGUUUGUACUUUAGAAAAGAGUCGAGGUGCUCUUGGGCCCCGCGUUUUCACAUUUGUCCAUGGUGAUGAUAAUGCCAAACUUAACUUUUCUGCAGCUGAACAUUACUGCAAAACCAUUGGACAACUACCUGAUUCCAAUGACAUGCUUGAUUCCAGGGACAAACAAAGCAAUCGGAACCCAUCUUUCAGUCCAGCACAUAUUAAUACGGAUGGAAUGGUCCUACGAACAGCCCUUGCAUCUGUACAUUCAUAUCCAGAAAAUUUAGCAUUGGUGAAGUGGAUAUCUAAACAAGAAAAACAAUCAUUUUGGAUAGGUGGGAAAAUUACCAAAACAGUGAAUGAUUUUGCAAGACCAAUUUAUGUCUUGCAUUGGACUGAUGGUAGCAAAAGUGACUUCAGUCUUCUUCGCUUACCUAAUCCAGAAUUAACUUCUAUGCGAGUUGGUGAACAACGAUGCACAUCCGUUGAUUAUACUUCUGGGCAAUGGGGAGUUCACUUGUGUUCUGAAAAGAAAUAUUUUGUUUGCCUUACAAUCCCAGUACUCAAUGAAGAAAAUCGAGAAACCCCUUCAAAGAAGAAUAAAGCGUCAACCCCUUUACGUGAGAACUCUGAAACGCUGGAUGCUUUAAUUGAUGACGAAAUUGGAAAUAUGUUAUAAUAAUUAGCGUGAUGUUCCGAGGAUUCUAUAAGUAGGUCAAAAUUAAAAUCUCAGUAAUCAGGUAGUAUUAUUCUUGGAUACCCUGUCUCUUGAUUGUCUGUAUAUAAUAUGAGUACUAAACAAAUAUAUUGUUCAGAAUAAUU